ACGGUGUUCACAAUUUCUCAAAACUCAAACAUACGUGAUCGUCGCUCUGGAGAUAUCAGUAUGGCUACCGGGCCGCACGACACGCCCCCUGCUGGGGAGCCUGUUGCCGUGGUUGGAAUGAGCUGCCGUUUUUCUGGCGAAGCUUCCUCCGUUGAAGGAUUUUGGGAGAUGUUGCGGCACGGAAGAACUGGUCAUGGGCCCGUUCCCCCCAGUCGGUAUCAGGCAUCCGCUUGGCAUCAUCCUAGCCAUGAACGGAAAGGAGCAAUCAACCACGACAGUGGGUUCUUCAUUGAGCAGGAUCCCUCUCACUUCGAUGCUCCCUUCUUUUCAAUCACAGCAAAAGAAGCCGCCGGUAUGGACCCAGUGCAACGACUGCUACUGGAGGUAGCUUAUGAAGCAUUUGAAAAUGGAGGGGUACCUAUGGAAAGUCUCGUUGGGAGUCGUACUGCGGUCUUUUCGGGCUGCAUGACAAAUGACUAUGAAUUGCUGUCAACGAGCGAUAUUCAUGACAUGCCGCACAAUUCAGCCACUGGAAAUGGAAGAACCAUGCUUGCUAAUCGACUGUCUUGGUUCUUUGACCUUCGGGGACCAAGUGUGAUGCUUGACACGGCUUGCUCUUCUAGCCUGACUGCAGCCCACCUUGCCUGCCAGGCUAUUCGUACCGGAGAGUGUGAGACAGCCCUUGUCACUGGUGCUAGUCUUAUAUUGCACCCGAACUUCACCCAAAGGCUGUCUUAUAUGCACAUGCUCAGCGCGGACGGUAUUAGCCAUUCAUUUGAUGCGAAAGCAAAUGGAUAUGGGCGGGGUGAGGGGAUAGGCGCAGUGCUGCUGAAGCCCCUUAGCGCAGCUGUUGCAAACGGGGACACGAUUCGUGCAGUUAUUCGUGCCACUGGUAUCAAUCAAGAUGGGCGGACACCUGGUAUCACAAUGCCGAGUCGCACCUCUCAAGCUGACCUCAUUCGGGACGUUUAUGGCCCCGGGCUUCCGUCUAUGCGAGAGACUGCAUACUUCGAAGCUCAUGGAACAGGAACAGAAGUUGGGGAUCCCACUGAGCUAGCAGCCAUUGGUGACACUUUUGGAGCUGCUCGGAUGGAUGGGGAUGAGCCCAUAUAUGUCGGCUCUGUGAAAAGCAACAUUGGCCACACCGAGGGAGCAGCAGGAGUGGCAAGUAUAAUCAAAGCAGUUCUCUGUCUGGAGAACGGCAUGCUCGUACCCAAUGCCGGGUUCACCCAGAUUAACCCUAGGAUCCAUCUCGACAAAUGGCGCAUGCGACUUAGUGAUGCGUGCAUUGAGUGGCCGCAACAUCUGGCCCGACGUGUGAGUAUCAACUCAUUUGGCUUUGGUGGAAGCAAUGCCCAUUUAAUUCUGGAGGGUACUGGCAUGCACUUGUCCCCUUCUGCUGCGACUGAGAAGACAAAAGAGAAAACCACACCACAAGUCGUCGUCUUUUCCACGCAGGAUAAGCCUGGUCUAGAACGAUUGACCGAAAAAUGGACUUCUUUCCUGCAAAAGAAAUUGACCACUGGUGAAGAAAUCUCACUGAGAAAUAUCUCCCACACCAUGAGCUCACGCCGCUCAAAACUGCCGUUCCGAAGUUUUGCGGUUGCUGAAUCACUUGAACAGCUGCAUGAUGUGUUACAGCAAGGUCUCCCGCAGUCUUCCCGCGCUAGCCGUACCCUGCAGGCUAACUUAGCCUUCAUAUUCACUGGCCAGGGUGCACAGUGGGCGCAAAUGGGAAUUCAAUUGCUCGAUAUUCCUGUUUUCCGGGAAAGCAUUACCCACAGUCAGCAGAUCUUGUCAGACCUGAAUUGUCCAUGGGACUUGCCCGAGGAAAUGCGGGCGGAAGCAGCAUAUUCCAACAUGAGCCUGCCUGACCGGAGUCAAUCAAUUUGCUGUGCUUUGCAGGUUGCCUUGGUUGAUCUGUUGGCCAGCUGGGGGGCUCGCCCUAAAGCAACUGUCGGACAUUCAAGUGGUGAGAUAGGUGCAGCAUACGCAGCAGGAUUCAUUGCACACGACACAGCUCUCAGGAUCGCUUAUUUCCGUGGACUUUAUUCUCUUCAACUGUCUCAGGGGGAGCGACGAGGGGCUAUGAUGGCUGUCGAGCUUCCUCCCGUGAAUGCUCAGAAAUACCUCGAGAUACUUCCUACCGAGAGUGUGGUGGUGGCGUGUGUGAAUAGCCCAACCAGUGUAACUCUGUCGGGCGACGCGGAUGGCAUCGAUAAGUUGGAAGAUCAGCUGAAGGCAGAUGGCUGUUUUGCCCGGAAGCUACAGGUCAAAACAGCGUAUCACUCUCCACACAUGCGUGACCUGGCCGAAGAGUACCGAAACGCCCUGAAGGAUAUUCACCCAGUCAGCGAUGGCAAGAGCACGGCGACUAUGUUUUCAUCGGUGACAAAGGAGCAGGUGUAUGCAGAGGACAUGACCGCAGACUAUUGGGUGCGGAACAUGGUUAGUCCGGUGGAGUUUGCUGCCGCCGUCUCUAAGCUCGCUGGAAUGAAGGAGAUAGGAAAGACUCGCCGUCGAGCGGUGGCCGUCAAAUGGAAUGCCUUCCUUGAAAUUGGUCCACAUGAAGCUCUGAAGGGACCCUUCCACCAAACUCUGCAGUCUAUUGACGCGAGUUUGACUACCCUCCCAUAUCAGGCUUUGGUACGGCGACGCACAGAUGCACUGCAGACUACUUUAGCGGUUACGGGGAUGCUCUGGAGCAUUGGCGCCACGAUUGAUAUCGAUGCCGUCAACUCUAGUCUUAACCCAGAAACGCCACAGAUCGUGGAAAACUUGCCCUCAUACGCUUGGAACCACAAAACCUCUUUUUGGCAUGAACCACUUGCUUCAUCUCGGCUUCGCCAGCGCAAAGAACCGCGUCAUGAUUUGCUGGGAGUCCCAUUCGACUAUCAAAAUGAUAUGGAACCACGCUGGCGCAACUUCCUGAGAGUUUCUGAGAUACCUUGGCUAUCUGACCAUGUUGUUGCCGGGUCUAUCGUCUUCCCCGCCGCCGGGAUGGUUGCCAUGGUAGCCGAGGCAGCACGACAGCUAUCGGAUCCCAAGAAGUUGCUAAUGGGCAUCGAAUUCAACGAUCUGAGUUUCAUGCAAGGUGUGGUGAUUCCUGAUGAUAACCGUGGUCUCGAGACAGUACUACAUGUCGCCCCCAAUCGUGGAGGCGAGAGUUGGUACGACUUCGGUAUCUUUUCCCUUCCAGAAGGAGCCUCUUGGAUCCGACAUGCCACCGGAUCCUUUAACAUACACUACAACACACAAGGUCUGCCGGUAGAUGAAAAUGAAUGGGAUCAUUUCAUUGAGAAAGUCCAGGAGACACAAGCUACCUCGUCCAGCACGGAUAUUGAAGCUGUUUACGAUUGGUUGUCUGAGACUGGUGGCGUCACGCUAGGUCCUUCCUUCCGAUCAAUUGCCAAUGCUUCCUUUUGCGAGGGGGACCGUCGGCUCUGGAUAAAGGCUGCGGUGCGUGAUACCCAGAAAGGGAUGCCGUAUGAAAAGGAGUCGUCUUCCUUCAUGCACCCAACCGCCCUUGAUGCCCUGUUCCAGGCAGCUGUCCUCUCCUGUUCAGAUUCACUUAAUAACCAGGAAGCCAACAUUCCCAUUGGAGUUGACAGGAUCUACCUCUCCACUGACUGGGACCUGCAGAAUGGGGAUGAGUUCGCCAUCCACACGGAAACCCACCGGCAGGACGGUGAAUCACGAUCGGAUUCAAUUGCUUCGGAUUCCUUGUGGUCGCAACCGCGUGUUGUUUUGAAGGGCAUCCAACUUGGUCGAGUGCCCAUGAGUAAGAAGAUAGAUGACAAAGGUAACCAGGGCUCUGGUGUGAACCGCUUUUCCUCCUUGGUCUGGAGGGAGCAUCUGGAAUCCUCGGUCGGCCAGGCACCGGCAGCCCAGACUCAUUACGAUGGGCUGGAGGGCUGGAUACAGCGCUUCUGCUACACCUAUGGUGAUGGGCGUGCUCUUGUUGUCAUUGGCUCUAGCUCUGAGAGCAAGAUUCUCUCGAGUAUCCAGUCCCAUGCACCUGGUGGUGGACACCGACCCCGGCUACAGCAGUUGACUAUUGUCUGUGCACAUAUAGCCUCAAGCACCGAGUUCAACCAAACGACCUUGGGAGAUGAUCUCUUCGAUCUAGUGCUCGUGGACCAGCUGAGUUUCGAGGAGGGCUCGGAUACUAGUACCCUCCUCGAAUCUCUCACCUCAAUCACUGAGCCAGAUGGCUGGUUGGCAAUCCGUGCGCACGCUGGUGAGCUGGAUCCGCUGAGACUCAUCGAGCGUUCACCCAAUUGGGAGGCAACGGGAUUGAUUGUGGAUGGUGACUAUGCUCUCGCCCAUCGGAAGGUGGAGCCUGCACAGAUUGAUUCCACUGUAUUCCUGCUUACAGCAAGCCCUGAUUUGGGGACAACCUCUUUCCAAGCUACGCUAGAGAAGAAUCUUUCAAAGAUGGGAUUGAAGACAUGCACCGUCGGACUGGAAGACACGAGCACACUUGCUGGCAAAACAGUCAUAUCGCUGAUAGAGUUCGACAAUACCUGGAUAUCUGGCUGGUCUGCUACCACCAUGUCGCAAUUCCAAGAAUUGUUGCAGGCGAAAUAUAUUUUGUGGACCUCUCCAGUCCCUAGGCAAGUUGAGGAUGCGUCGUUCGCCGCAGGAUUUGGCGCCACCACCGGUCUUCUUCGUACUCUGAGGAAUGAACGACCGAACACCAUCUUGCCCCAGGUACAAUUCAACCCGCUUGACGUGUCUGAUGAAGAACAAUUGGCUCAGGGGAUCCUGCAAGUGUUGCAGCUCACAGUUACCUCCGUGGCCCGUCGCAAUCAAGAUCUUGAGUAUCGCUUGGAGGAUAAACGCUUGCUGGUACCUCGACUCAUGUCCACAGAAUCGGUAGACGAGGAAAUGCACAUCUUGACUCGUGGACCUCGACCCGCCUUCUCUCGUCUGGUCGAUGAUUCGCGUGCGCUGCAGUUUCACGUGGUCCCACAAGGCACCCAACCGGGCUAUUGGAUGGAACAUCCGAAUCUUGUGGCGGAGCUACCUGGCAAUCAAAUCGAGGUCCAGCUGCAGCUUCAAACCAUCGCAGCCACUGGCAGCUCAGUCAAUCACUCGCCCGAAACGCGCAUCCCGGUAGUCGAAGCUGUCGGCAUUGUCCGCAAGCUUGGACGAUCUGUCGAUACCCAUCUGGCGAUAGGAGAUAUCGUUGUUCUGUUGGCACCCGGCGCCGGAACAAUUCUCGGGAUGUCUACUCGUGUUAGAGUUGAACCCCAUGCCAUUGCAAGGCUACCAGCUCACCUUACACCCACACUGGCUGUGGCAACACCACUGGCCUACACCCUUGCCAAUGCUAGUCUCUUCAAUGCCGCACGUCUGGAAACAGGCUCCUCUGUUCUCAUCAUCGGCGCGCCCAGUCACACAUUACAUGCUCUUUUGAACUGCGCCCAAGAUAUACCAGGGGUUCGGCUGUAUGUGGCCGCCGCAGACGAUGCUGCAGCUGACGAGAUCACUACACAGUAUCCUGGUUGUGCUGGUAGGAUCUUCACUGUCCACGGUGGCCUUGAUGCCAAUAUUGCGCAUCUCACCAGCGGCAAGGGUGUUACGGCCGUCGUCUCAUGCCUUGGGGGCUCCAUUGGUCGAGUUGCGGCCCGCUGUCUAGGGGCUGGUGGUGUUUACGUGGACCUGAGCGCCAAAACUGCACUUUCAUCUCUUCCUGCUACAUUCUCCUCCCGAAGCUGCACUUUUGUUUCCUUGAACAUGAGUGCUAUGCUGGAGAGCAAUCCUGACUUGGUUUACACAUAUUUCCGCCGCGGUAUGACUACAUUGCAACAGCAUCACACUGUUCAUCCUGGAAGGGUUUUCCCAGCUGCCGAUUGGGCUGAUGCAGAGGACCAUGCUCGUCAAACGGGAACAAGGUCCCCCAUUCACCUCACGGAGUCCCCCAACGUUCUCAUUAUUCCGCCCGUACCGGAACCCGUACUCCUCUCGAAGGAUCAGACUUUCGUCCUGGCCGGUGGCCUAGGAACUUUAGGCUUGGCUCUCGCAAGAGCGUUGGUUGACAUUGGUGCUCAUCACGUGGUGAUUCUCUCUCGAUCCGGCAUUGCUCGAGGGGCUCAUCAAGAAGCCAUCGACCGUAUACAAGGUGACGGAUGCCGUGUCGAUAUUGUUCGCUGCGAUGUUUCCCAAGAAGAGGACGUUGCAACUUUCAUCUCCCAGGCUCAAUCCAAAGGAUGGAAUAUCAAAGGUCUGAUACAAUGCGCGACAAAUCUCAAGGACGCCAUGUUCGACACGAUGGGCUUUGGUGACUGGAAAGAUCCAACUGAUCCCAGGAUCCGCGGAACGCUCAACUUGCACCGUGCCUUUGCCGACAGCAAGUUGGAUUUCUUCCUCGCACUAUCAUCGGUCGCAAGCGUAAUCGGCAACAUGGGACAGGCGAACUACUCCGCUGGGAACGCCUUCAUGGAUGAGCUGAUGGUCUGGAGGCAAGCAAACGGCUUAAGCGGCCACAGCAUCAACAUUGGUCUGGUUCCCGAUGGAAGUAGCAUGGGCGACGGAGCUGAGUCCCCUGAGGAACGCCGUCGACGCUACGGUCAUUUGGAAGGAACAGAAAUAGACGUCUCCGAGCUUCAAAAGUUGGUCCAACUAAUAGUGCAGCAUCGAGUUUCAAUUCCCGCCCAAAUUGUGGCAGGCAUCAACGAUGAUCUCCCGCUUGAAGGGGCCGCCUGGCGUUAUGAUCGCAAAUUUGAUCAUCGCAUUCGUCUGGCUCAGGUCGAAGCAAGCGGAUCUUCGAAUCAGACCAGCACUCGGUUGAAGAGUGCGGGCUCUCAAGACGCAGCCGUGCAGGUUGUGAAUGAGACGAUGCAAGAGUACCUGGCCGCGGCAAUGGCGACAACUGCGGACACAGUCGAUAUAGAGCUGCCCUUGUCGGCCCUGGGAGUGGAUUCCCUCAAGGCGACCGAGUUACAGAGCUGGGUAUUGCGCGAGAUGGGGGCAGAGCUAUCUUCGUUUGAGUUCCUGGGGUCUCAGCCAGUGAAGGCCUUGUCCGAGAAAAUCGCUGUGCAAAGUACUUUCGUUGCUGCUUAUUAG